UUUCGAUUAAUGGGUCGACCUCUAGUGUGUUUGUGUAACAGUGUUUGUGUAACAGUCUAUGUUCUCUGCUGCUUGUGUUAAGGGUGUCAACAUGGGGAAGUGGAGGUGGUUCCGUGUCUCUCUGGUUCUGGGUUCAGUCUUUAUGAUCCUGUUGAUUAUUCUCUACUGGGACGACGUUGGAGCCUCUCACCUCUACCUGCCCCCCCUCUCCCCCCGGCCCGCCCCUCACCACUCCCCCACACACCCAACCCCCUCCUUCCUCUCCGACAUCAAUGCCUUUGUAAACCAGUUCCUGGAGGGAACCAAUGAUCCUACAGAUUCCGCCCCCCCAGACUCUGCCAACCAAUCAGAGCACGCUGAGGAGCGGUACGUUCCCCGGAGGGAGUGGAAAGUCCAUCUGACGCCCAUCGACCCCGAGAAACGACUAGGACAGGAGAGAAGGCGGCAGCGUCUCCAUGACCUCUGUCACCAUGGUGAUGACCUGGCUUUUCCGGGGAAGAACCGUUCGUUUGACGACAUCCCCAACAGGGAGCUGGAUCACCUGAUCGUCGACGACCGCCACGGUAUCAUAUACUGCUACGUCCCCAAGGUGGCGUGUAGUAACUGGAAGAGGAUCAUGAUCGUGCUCAGUGAGAGUCUGCUCCAGGAGGGAGUUCCGUACAGGGACCCUCUGGCGGUUCCUCAGGAGAUGGUCCACAACAGCAGCCUCCACUUCACCUUCAACAAGUUCUGGAAACGCUACGGGAAGUUCUCACGACACCUGAUGAAGGUGAAGCUCCAGAAGUACACUAAGUUCCUGUUCGUCAGAGAUCCGUUCGUCCGCCUCAUCUCAGCGUAUCGGAACAAGUUUGAGCAGCCCAACGAGGAGUUCUACCGCCGAUUCGCUCUGCUCAUGCUCCGUCGCUAUGGUAACCACUCUGAACCUCCCGCGGCAGUGGGCGACGCGUUUCCUGCGGGAAUCCGCCCCUCCUUCUCAGAGUUCGUCCAAUACCUACUGGACCCCAAGACGGAGAGCGACGCCCCCUUCAACGAGCACUGGAGACAGGUCUACCGGCUAUGCCACCCCUGUCAAAUACAGUAUGACUUUGUGGGUCAGCUGGAGACGGUUGAGGAGGAUGCUGAACAGCUGCUGAGGGUUUUGAAGGUGGACAACGUGGUUGACUUCCCCCCCUCUCACAGGAACCACACGGCCAGCAGCUGGCAGGAGGACUGGUUCAGCAGGGUGCCCCUAGUGGCCAGGAGGGGUCUCUACAGGCUGUAUGAACCAGACUUCAGACUGUUUGGCUACUCCAGACCAGACUCCCUGCUAGACUGACUGACUACAACUACACUCAGAAAAAAUGGCUUUUCUAAAAGGGCUCUUUUCUUGUCCCCAUAGGAGAACCCUUUUUGGUCCCAGGUAUAACUUUUUGGUGGUGAAACAGGUUCUACUUAGAACCUUUUAGUGAUGAAACUGUUCCACGUAGAACCUUGAAUUAAUUAAACCGUUCUACUUGGAACCAAAAAUAGCUAUUGUCAGUGGGUUCUCCUAUGGGGAAAAUCGAAGAAUCCUUUAUGGUUCCAGGUUGUACAUUAUUUUCUAAGACCAGCAUCUUCUGCUCCUGUUCUAGACUCAGCAGGAGAACAGAGGAAAGUUAGAGUUAGGUUCAGCUUCCUUUGGAGAAGACUUGGACUCCUGACUGCUGGAACCCUGGUGGCUUUGAUGUCUCCAUGGAACCCUGGUGUCUGUCAUGUCAUCAUGGAACCUUGGUGUCUGUCAUAUCAUGGAACCCCGGUGUCUGUCAUGUCAUCAUGGAACCCCGGUGUCUGUCAUGUCAUCAUGGAACCCUGGUGUCUGUCAUAUCAUCAUGGAACCCCGGUGUCAUCAUGGAACCCCGGUGUCAUCAUGGAACCCUGGUGUCUGUCAUGUCAUCAUGGAACCCUGGUGUCUGUCAUGUCAUCAUGGAACCCUGGUGUCUGUCAUGUCAUCAUGGAACCCUGGUGUCUGUCAUGUCAUCAUGGAACCCUGGUGUCUGUCAUGUCAUCAUGGAACCCUGGUGUCUGUCAUGUCAUCAUGGAACCCCGGUGUCAUCAUGGAACCCCGGUGUCAUCAUGGAACCCUGGUGUCAUCAUGGAACCCUGGUGUCUGUCAUGUCAUCAUGGAACCCUGGUGUCUGUCAUGUCAUCAUGGAACCCUGGUGUCUGUCAUGUCAUCAUGGAACCCUGGUGUCUGUCAUGUCAUCAUGGAACCCCGGUGUCAUCAUGGAACCCCGGUGUCAUCAUGGAACCCCGGUGUCAUCAUGGAACCCUGGUGUCAUCAUGGAACCCUGGUGUCUGUCAUGUCAUCAUGGAACCCUGGUGUCUGUCAUGUCAUCAUGGAACCCUGGUGUCUGUCAUGUCAUCAUGGAACCCCGGUGUCAUCAUGGAACCCCGGUGUCUGUCAUGUCAUCAUGGAACCCCGGUGUCUGUCAUGUCGUCAUGGAACCCCGGUGUCUGUCAUGUCAUCAUGGAACCCGGAUGGAACCCUGGUCACUACUGAUCAUCCUAUGAGGAGUUGGACUGUUUGGGAAUUCGUUGUUUUCUAGUUGUUUUUAUGUUCACUUUUUUUCAGCGUUAAAGUUAAGCAUGAAAGGGAUUUUUUAUGUUUUAUGUUUUAAUGUGGAAAGGAAAUGCCUUGUUUCACAGUGACCGAUGCCAACAUUAUCACCCUUCUAUAAGGAAGCCAUCAGGACCUGAGGAGUUGUAGGCUUAUGUUGAAGGGAAUGAUUUUCUGAAACAAACCCAAUGGGUGUGCUACUACUGGAAGCAUGGGGUUACCGGAUAAAAAGAGGAAGACAGGGUUAGACAGGAGGUUGGGGUUAGACAGGAGGUUGGGGUUAGACAGGAGGUUGGGGUUAGACAGGAGGUUGGGGUUAGACAGGAGGUUGGGGUUAGAGAGGAGGUUGGGGUUAGACAGGGGGUUAGGAUUAGACAGGAGGUUAGGGUUAGACAGGGGGCAGGGUUAAACAGGAGGUUAGGGUUAGACAGGGGGUUAGGGUUAGACAGGAGGUUAGAGUUAGACAGGAGGUUGGGGUUAGACAGGAGGUUAGGGUUAAACAGGGGGUUAGGGUUAAACAGGGGGUUAGGGUUAGACAGGGGGUUAGGGUUAGACAGGGGGUUAGGGUUAGACAGGGGGUUAGGGUUAGACAGGAGGUUAGGGUUAGACAGGGGGCAGGGUUAAGCAGGAGGUUAGGGUUCGAGUUAGACAGAGGGUUAGACGGGGUUAGAGGGUUAGGGCCUUUGGUUGGAAUGAAAAAUGAAAAGUUUACACAGCAAAGUAUUUUUGUAAAUAAUACAUUUUUUAAACUCAUUUUUCAAAUAUACAGAACAUCUGUAUAUUUGAGGUCUUAAAGGGAUGACCUAUCUAUCGGGCUUAAAGGGAUGGUGUCAGUGUUUUACGUACCUUGCUGAUGCUAUGUAAUAGGGGUGUGCACAAUGAUAGUCUGUGUUUACUGUGAACUGUUGUCUUAUUUCAUGAUAAUGAUCUGUGCCACAAACCUCGUCAUUCACAGAGUAGAAUCUACAUGUUGGGUUAGAGUGUUUCCAUCUGACAGUACAUCAACAGGAUUGUUCUAGAAUCCCUUAGAGCAGAAUAAUCAUGUUGUUCUAGAAUCCCUCAGAGCAAAAUCAUCAUGUUGUUCUAGAAUCCCUCAAAGCAGAAUCAGCAUGUUUCUCUUCUAUACAGAAUGACUAACAUUAUUCUGAUGUGGGUCCAUGUCUUGAUUUCAGUAUUCUAGUUUAUUGGAUUUCAGAAUGAUGUAUAUUUCAUCAGGAUAUCAUGUGAGAAAUAUAAACUAAGGCAUGAACCAA